UGCCCACCUUGAAUCAUGUUGAGCAUGUGCAUACUAUGAAGGGAAGAAUGACCCAUUUCGUACUCAUUCUCCUCAUCUCAGUACCAGUAGGCAAAAAGUUGAUUCCCAUCAUUCCCAUUGUACAGUAAGUCAACGAUAACGACCUAGCCAGCUUAUCGAUAAGCCCCGACCCGCCCCCAAUCAUCACAUGACUACAUCCCUCCCUCUCCGCCUACGCAACCAACUGCAUCCAUGGAUCGUAAACAAAAACAUUCUUUUUCAUUUUGAAACCUUCGACACCUAAUCGACAAACCACCAAAGUCUGAACGACAAAAGCUUCCAGCCCCCCUCAACUUACAGCCGACAGAAUAUACCCCACGCGUACUUGAUUCUGCAGAGAAGGAAACCCCCAAAUCUAGCCAAUCUGCGCCUUCUCUCGGGAAGUAGCAGAAAUCAAAAAGCGCAACUUGCAAGGGAGGGGAGGGGUUCCGGCCUUCAAAAAAAAAGAUAAGAGACAAUGCCACCACCACCACUCUCCAAGGGAUCCACAUACAAUCCGAACCCACAACCUCGAGCCCGCUUUUUCGACGUCUUCAACUCCGCCUCGACGGGUCAUCAGGUUGCCGAUGGCGGCGGCGCCCGCGGGCGCGAAUGGCGGAUCACCCGGCAGGAGAAACUGGCGCGGCAGUUUGGGUCCAUGGAUGGGGAUUGCACUUCUUCGCCUGUCUUGACACCUGUUGCUGCUGCUGCGGAGGGAAUAGGGGAUGAGGGUGGGGAGGAGGAGGAGGCGGGGAGGGGAGAGUGGGUGUUUGCUGCUGCUGCUCAUUCGGAUUCUGUUUGCUCUGGGAACAACAACAACAGCAGCAGCAACAUCAACAGCAACUACUCCAACAACGUCGGUGCGGGGUCGCACUUUGCUGCUCAGAAGCACUCGCAAUUGCGCUCGGCGCAUAAUGGGCCGAGACAUGUCCAAUUGGGGGUUCGGGCUUCCUCCUCAUCGACAUCAACGGGCCAGAUGGAUAUACGAAAUAUGCUUGGUGGGCAGGUUCGCAAACGAGGAUACCCUGAGGCUGUGAGUGAUGGCUGUGGUGGUGGUCAAUCCAGAGCAAUUGGGAUGAAGAAAGCGAAGGUGCAGACGCAGUAUAGCCUUGACUGGGCUACAGAGAUAGCAUCGGCAGCAGCAGCAGUAACGACGACAACAGCAACAAAAGGAGAUGUAUCUGCGCUACCCCUCAUACCCACUUCCUUCAAGCCUCAUCCCACACCUACACCUUCCAUCACCUCGACGACCACGACCACGACCACGAUCAAGAAAUCAACAACACCAACACUUCCCUCAAAGACAUCUGCAACGACCCCAUCUACCUCAUGCGAAACUAUACCGCCAUCCCUGCAUAUCGAACCCAUGAACAACAAAAAGAUCUUCAGCUCCCUCACCAUCCACAUCAACGGCCAAACAACCCCUCUCAUCUCCGACCACGCUCUCAAGCGCCUCCUAGUCUCUCAAGGAGCUACCCUUAGCCUCUCCCUCUCUCGGAAGAUCACGCAUGUCAUCAUUGGAGUCCCCAAUGCGGGACCGGGCAACGGCGGCGCGGGAGGUGGACUCGCCGCUAGCAAGAUCCAGAACGAGCUCCAGCGCGGAGGAUGGAAGGGGGUGAAGAUUGUAGGGGUCCAGUGGUAAGUUUGCCUGCCCCCCUUUACGCCCCUCGCAUAUGCCACCCUGUCUUUCAACAGGACAGGGGAAUCCGAGUUAGGAAAGGUGUAAGCAGUAAGUUAGGUAAGUAGGAAAUACCCGUGCUGAUUGAGACAAAAAAUAGGGCUUUGGAUAGUAUCAAGGCUGGGAAGCGGCUCGUAGAAGGUAGGUAUGCGGUUCAGUUAGGAGGGAGGCAGAAGAGUGUGCUUGGGUUCUGCUCCUCGUCAUCUGCGGCAGUGACACCGACACCUGCAGAGGGCGUAUGAUGCAUAC